AUGCAGGACAUUAUAUCGACCAACUAUGCCUCUGGCAAGCAGACUUUCAUCAUACCGCUGACCUUUGGUGAUGUCAAAGAUGCCAGGGACGUCAUCACUCGAAUAGGAUACGGCGGAGACGUCUGGGAGCUUCGUGUAGACCUCCUCAGUCCAAAUCCAGGGCCACUGGGCGAGGAAAACCUUCCUCCUCUCGACUAUGUUGAGAGCCAGAUCCGAGAGCUGCAAGCCUUGUCGCCUUUGCCAAUCUUGUACACCAUCAGAACCAGGGGACAAGGCGGAAAGUUUCCCGAUGGCGCUGUCGAGGAAGCACUUCAAUUGAUGCUGCUUGCUAUUGAAAAAGGCAUCAAGUACAUUGACGUUGAGAUUGAGUGGCCGCAGUCUCUGAUACAAGAAGUCACGGCGAAAAAGGGAGACACUCAAGUUGUCGCGUCUUAUCAUAAUUGGUCUGGCAAGGUCGCGUGGACCAGUGAAGAACUCAAAAAACACUUUGAAAUUGCAAAUGAGUUUGGUGAUAUCAUUAAGCUCAGCAUCAUGUCUGCCCAGAUCGAAGACUGCUAUGAGCUUGGCUUGUUCAUCAGAGACUACCAGUCAAGGUACACCAAGCCGCUCCUCACCAUUGGCAUGGGCGCCAAUGGCCAACUUUCCAGGAUAACUUCGCCCAUCUCUCUCGUCACGCACCCACUCAUGCCCUUCCCCUCGGCGCCAGGCCAAUUGAGUCUGGCCCAAGUCCACCGCGCUCAACAUUUGAUUGGUCUCCUGCCUGCUAAGAAAUUCUUUGUGGUCAAAGAUCAGGCAAGUGUCGAAAAGAUUGUGGCAUGUUUCCAGUCAGCUUUUGAUGAAAUGGGUUAUCCUUAUACUUGCGAAGCGUCCGAUGCUUUGCAUGCCAGCAGUAUAAUUCCGGAUGGUAUUGAGGGAAUAGCUGCACUGUUCCACCAAUGGACAGGCAGGCGUGCUCCCGUUUCCAUCAUGGAGAGUUCUUAUCACGAAUAA